UGAGCGUGUGCUGGCUGGGAGAGUGAGGUAGGGAGGGAGAAGGAGGCGAUGUGGUCAGCUUGUGAGUUCUGUGCUGGCUACUCGGAGUCAGUCAGGCUGGGCGCGUCAGCUGAGGCGGGAAGCGUGUGGUCGGUGCUUCACUCUGCUCCUGCCACUCGCUCGUGUGUACUCGUAUUCUCUCGACGGUGUGGCGGCCUUGGAUUACAUAAACGGGUGUUGUGGACGAGACAAAAAACUUUAGUGACUCGCUUACCUGUGAAGUCUCGUCGCGGAGUGAACUCAACGGUUAAUAGCGCAUUGCAACGUGAUAAGUGUGACGCGGAAUACCGAACGGCUAAAAACACAAGGAGGUGACUUCCAAUGCCGGUGGCGUGAGAGCAGGGAAGGUGAGGAAGGUAGUGCGGAGCAGAGCGAGGCGUGGGAGGCCAGGAGCGGGAAGUGCGAGCAGUGUAGUGGUAAUGGUGAGUGGCGCGGCGCAGUGAGUGGCGGCUGCGAGGGUGACGCACGGGACGAGUAUAGUGUCUUCCGCUCCCCUCAGUGUGUGGGGCAGCGGCGGGCGUGCAGGAGCAGGGCACGCCGCCACGCCGCCAGGGGCGCCUCUAUCUGCCCUUACUUCGUGUGUAUACCUGCCGCCCCAGGCGUCGCCGUGCGGGAGUGGCCGUCCCUCGUGGUCGUGGCAGUGACACAGCAGCCGCGGCGCGUGUCACGUGUUGCCGCGACCGUUUGUGUUGUCACCGGUGAACAGCGAGGCUGCGAGUGUCGCCGGGACGUGGCGGCGUCCCGCGGCAAUGAGAAUGUUCAAGUUUUUCGAGAGCGGCUCCUUGGCCCGCCGCCGCGACUUUGACCAGGAGGGCGCUGGCAGGCGCGGCCGAGCCUCGAGUGUGGCGCGAAGCGUCUCGUCGCUGAAGGUCGGGCGGCAAGACCCAUGCGGUGCAGGAGCGAGCCGGGAGGAAGCAUGCGCCCGGGGGCCUGGCAGGCGGCUGUCCGUGAGGUCAUCCGUCUCGGCGGGAGGAGGCCCCGCCUUACGCCGCAGCAACACCCUCCCGAGCAGGCGCGGGGCCCCGGCCUCUUCACAGCAGCAGGAACACGCUGAAGAGGCUGUGUCGGGUCGUGAGUCCCGGGAGAGUUGUGGCGGCUACAGCACCGCCACGGAGGGCAACCGUUUCACCGAGACCCUGCGGCGCCUGGGCAGAAAGGUCACUGGCAGGAGGGACCGCCUGAGGGGAAACAGCGAGGAGCUGUCGCAGGGCUCCUCUGUGUGCACGCUGCGACACGAAGACUCGGAAUUUCCUUCACAUUAUCUCAGCGUGUCGGAGGUCGCCGCCUCGGACGGCGUGUCGUCAGACAUCUCACUCGUGGACUUGGGGUCCAUUGACGCCACGCCCACCGUCAGCCCCUUCGGCAGCCAGGGUUUUGCCUUCCCCCGCCAUUCCUCGCUGAACUCCCUCAAACACCCUCGUUCUCACGGCCACGCCCACGCUUCUGACCUCGGCUCCCUCUGCCACAUCCUGGCCACCUUCAAGGGCCCCGACGCGCUGCACCAGCAGGAGGUGUACGAGAAUGUGGCUCCUGGGCACAACGGCGACGCGCGGCCCCACAGCUCCGCCUCCAGCUUCACCUCCUCGGCACGUGGGGGUCAGGGGUCAGGGGUCUGCGGCCGCCGGGAGGCCGGGGCACGGGGUCACACGUGCCCCAGGUGCCAAGUGGCCUUCCUGACGAGCGUGGAGCUGCUGGAGCACUGGUCCACCUUCCACAUGCACGAUGACCUCCACCUGCCGCCGCCCCCCCUCCACUUCUGCUGCCCCAAGCCGGAGGAGCGAGGGAGGGGCGCGCCGCUGCUCCCCGGGACGUGGGAGGACACGCCGAAAGGGACGCUCACCCCUCCCCUGCAGCUCGCCGCCACCCCCCAGGUAAGUGACCUGCAGUGUGUCCUUUAUCUCGUGAUGCAUAUUCAACAGGUGCCGCCGCUGUGUUUUAUCGCUGCCGACACGGGGAGCGCCAGGGGCACCAUGGGGCAAAGGCCGGGGCGAGGGGUGGGGGGCGGGGGCUGGGACGCGGGGUGCCUCAAGGCAUUACUCACUAGAGGCCUUGCUGAUUAUACUUUGGUUACGCAUUCAAAGGUUGGUGUGAAGGCCCGUUUUCUCUGCCGUGAAUGUGUCCCGUGUUGUGGCCACACACACACACACACGCACGAGUCACGGCCUGAGUAGUUUCGUGGCGGGAAGCAAACAACUGAUAUUAUCUCGGCCAUAAUCUUUUUAUAUUUA